AUGUCAAGGGCCUUAGGAAUUCUUUGGGAACUCCUAAUUGGCGGAGGCGAGAAACGCCUAUUAUCCGCUAGCUUUAAAACCGUGAACGCGAACAGAAAAAUGUGCAGUGAAUUAUUAAUAAAAUUGGACACGAUGUCAACAUUAUCGGAAGAAAAAAUAUUUAUUGGUCCGUUUAUUCAUACCAACGAACAGGGACAAUUGAUUAUCGUUGAUGACGGUGUGAUCUAUGUUAAGGAUGGAAAGGUUAAUAAGAUAGUAAUAAAUCCAUUGAAUAAAUUAAAAAACACACAAUGUGACAAUGUGACUGUCCUUAGCAAAAAUCAAUUUCUAAUACCAGGAUUUAUUGACUGCCAUAUUCAUGCUGCUCAACUUCCUAAUAUUGGAAUUGGGUAUGAUAAAGAGCUUUUAGAAUGGCUUGAAACUUAUACUUUUCCAUUAGAAAAGAAAUAUACAAAUGAAGAUUUUGCUAGACAGGUAUUUCAGACAGUUGUGAAGCAAACUGUAAUGCAAGGUACAACAACAGCAUGUUAUUUUGCAUCACUUUAUACAAAAGCAUCUGUAAUACUUGGACAAGAAGCUGGAAAAGUAGGACAACGCGCUCUUAUUGGAAAAAUAAGCAUGAAUGAAAAAUCUGAUGAUGGAUAUUAUGAAAAUACUGAAGAAUCUAUUACAAAUAUUAACAGAUUUAUAGAGGAAAUUAAUGAAUUAAAUGAUCCUCUUAUUAAACCAGUCAUAACACCAAGGUUUGCAUUAAGUUGUGACAUGACAUUGAUGAAACAGUUAGGAAAACUGGCAAAAGAAAAAGGUCUUCAUGUACAGAGCCACGUAUCUGAAAACUUAAAUGAAAUAAAAGCAGUAAAAAACAAGUUUCCUGAAUGUUCUUCAUAUUCAGCUGUUUAUGAUGCAGCUGGACUUCUAACUGAUAAGACAGUAUUAGCUCAUGGAAUAUACCUCUCAGAUGAUGAAAUAGCAUUGUUAAAAGAACGCGGUACAGCAGUUAUUCAUUGUCCCUCAUCCAAUACUUGUUUGAAAAGUGGCCUUUGUAAUGUUCAACAUUUAAAAAGUAAAGGAAUAAAAGUUGGUCUUGGCAGUGAUGUUGCAGGAGGACAAUGUUGUAGUAUUUUAGAAACAAUGAGGUUAGCCUUGCACUUAUCAAACCAUUUUUACCUUACUAAGAACAACUAUAAGGCACUUAAUUAUACAGAUGUAUUUCAUAUGGCCACAUUAGGAGGUGCAACUGCUCUUGCAAUGCAAAAUGAGAUAGGCAAUUUUGAGGAAGGUAAACAAUUCGAUGCUUUAAUUGUAGAUACUGGUAUUGGACUUUUAAAUGAUUUACAAGACAAUACCUUAAUAGAAAAAUUUCAAAAAUUUAUAUAUUCCGGAGAUGAUCGUAAUAUAAUCGAAGUUUAUAUAAAUGGAUGUAAAGUUAAAUAA